AUGUUCGAAAACGUGGUGCUUAGGGGUGUUCGAAGAAUUGUUUGAUUACAUAAAUUCCAUCAAUUCUUCAAUAAAUUCGUGAUAAUUUAGGUGAAUUUCUUUUACUAAGCAUUUAUUAAGUUUAUUUGUAAGUCGAUAAAUUGACAAUCUCACAAAACGCCAAAAGAUGGCCGCGGUACUUCAGUCUUCUCUCGCCAUUGGACGGAAUUUCAAGUGUUCUGCUGUAUCACUGCAAUUAAUUCGUGAGUUUGCCAGCAAAAAGAUGGGAUUACCGCGUGUUUACUUCGACAUGUCCGCCGACCAUGCCCCAAUUGGGCGCAUUGUGAUGGAAUUGCGUUCGGACGUUGUACCGAAGACGGCUGAAAACUUCCGUGCUCUGUGCACUGGUGAGAAGGGAUUCGGCUACAAGGGAUCCACCUUCCAUCGUGUCAUUCCCAAUUUCAUGUGCCAAGGUGGUGAUUUCACCAAUCACAAUGGCACUGGUGGAAAAUCCAUCUAUGGUUCCAAGUUUGAAGAUGAGAAUUUUAUGCUGAAGCAUUUGGGACCUGGUACUCUGUCUAUGGCCAAUGCUGGGCCAAAUACCAAUGGUUCCCAAUUCUUCAUCACCACGGUGAAGACAUCCUGGCUGGACAAUCGCCAUGUGGUGUUCGGUACGGUGGUGGAGGGUAUGGAAGUGGUGAAGAAGAUUGAGGGCUUCGGCAGCCAAUCUGGCAAGACAUCCAAACAAAUCGUUGUGGCUGACUCUGGACAAUUGUCAUAAGAUGAAGGGGCGUUGAUCGCUCGCAUUUGAUUUCUUAUAAUAUUCCUCCACUCCCCAAAACUACAACUACUCUCCCUCCCCCCUCCCUUUCUCUUUUGAAAGAUGCAACAGAUUAAAGAAAAAAAAUUAUAAAAAAGAAAAGAACAAGAGAAAAAAAACAUACGAAAAUGAUAAAAAAUUAAACUCACAAUCAUUCUUUUUUUCUUCAUAUUACACAAACAUUGUCGCAGCAAAACUUCAAAAAAAUACAAAAUUAUUAAAAUUAAAAAACAAAAAACAGGAAAAGAUGAGGAGCAUUUGAAAAAUAAUAAAAGAAUCCCGUGAAGGAAGAUGAUGAGAAGAAGCAUGAAUAACAAUGAGAAAAAAAUAAGCUAAAAAAAAAGUCCGAAACAUCGCAAUUAAUCAAUUUUUAAUGUUAAAAAUAUUUCUUUUUGUUUUUGUCCUAUUUUUGGAUUAAGGCAUUUGUAUAAGACAUUAAUGGAAAAAAAAAUCCUAAUGCUUUUCUCAUAAUUCCAUUUAUUAAUUUUUUUCUUUUCCAAUAUCACAUUUUUUUCCUCCAAAAUGCUAAUAAUGUACCAUUUUUAUUCACUCGUAUAUUGAUUAGCAGUUUUUCUUUUUGGUGAACAAAAAAAAAUUCUAAUGAGGAUAUCUUUGGUAUUCUUUAUAUACUGGAUGGAAACUGAGUUUUUAAGUUUUUAAGAAUUAAAGAAAAUUUAAUUGAA